AUGGGGGACCUCCCGCCAUCCCGCCUUGCUGCCUACAGCCGUCCGUUUAGCCACAUAGGAGUGGAUUACUUCGGCCCAAUGCUGGUAUCCAUCGGUCGUCGUACGGAGAAACGCUGGGGUGUCCUAGUCACGUGUCUCACUAUACGAGCCAUCCAUUUAGAAGUUGCGCACUCACUCACGGCAGAUUCGUGCAUCAUGGCCUUACGCAACAUAAUUGCUAGGAGGGGCGUCCCAAUCGCCAUAUACAGUGACCGCGGCACGAAUUUUGUAGGGGCGAGUAACGAACUCAAACUUGCCCUUGAAACGUUGAAUCAGGAGCAGAUUGUACGGGAGUUCACCUCGUCGAACACAACGUGGAAUUUCAUUCCUCCUCUUUCUCCUCACAUGGGUGGGUCAUGGGAAAGGCUCAUUCGAACGGUCAAGCAGAACCUUAGCAGGCUGCGUCCCAACCGUUUGCCAACUGAUGAAACCUUGAGGAACAUGCUGAUUGAAGUGGAACACAUCGUGAACUCACGACCACUGACUGAAAUUCCGCUUGAAGACGACCAAUCCCCAGUGCUAACCCCGAACCACUUCAUCUUGGGGUCAUCUAACGGGCUGCUGCCAUGGAGCUGUUUUGACGACAAGCCUGCUACCCUAAAAAUGAACUGGCGUCUAUCUCAGGCUAUGGCGAACCAAUUCUGGAACCAGUGGGUUCACGAUUACCUUCCUUCUUUAACGCGUAGGACAAAGUGGUUCACGAAGGUAAAACCGAUCGAGAUCAACGAUAUUGUCGUAAUCGUCGACGCAAGACUUCCCCGAAGUUGCUGGCCAAAGGGACGAGUCAUAAGUACAAAGGUUGCUGCAGAUGGUCAAGUGAGAGGGGCCACAGUACAAACCGCCAACGGAAUACUCGAAAGACCCGCAGUAAAACUCGCCGUGCUAGACGUAGGCGUUAAUGGUAAUGCAACUCAGGACGACCUUCGGUGCAUUAAAGGGGGGAGUGUUAAUUGCGCAACGUCUACCAACGACCUUACUACGCCUCUGACCGUACCUACUGCGAACUUCAACCACACCCAUGGAACAGUGAAAGGAUCGGCAAUGAGAUAA